UUACCAAUUCUAAUCAGGGUAAGGUUGCUGAGGAAACUAUUACUACCUGUUGCCGAAAAUAUUUUCAUCGCCAUAAAAGGAAAAUGGAAGAUAUUACCAAUGGAAAUAUCGCCAGCAAAUAUUUAUUCAUACAACUGUGAGAUAUUUACUGAAGGAGGGCCCUACUCAGAUCAGUCAUAACAUCUUUACUACCUCAGUCUGCUCCGAAAACAUUCGUAAUUUACAUUUUUUGGGGGGGCCCAGUGUCGCCAUUUUGUAUCAAAAGAGGUUGAAGGUAGUCAUAAUGAAUUACAGCAACAAAGAGAAAGAAGAAUUCCACAUCCAAGAUAACAGUUCACGUGAAGCCUUUGUCAUCAUGAACUUUAUUUUGAACGCCCCACUCAUGCUCAUAUCCAUUCUGGGCAACGCUUUGGUAUUGGCCGCCAUACUCAGGACCUCUGCCAUUCGCUCCACUACCAUAAUUAUGCUUUGCAGUCUCGCUGUCUCAGACCUUCUCGUUGGCCUUGUCGCUCAACCGUGUUAUCUCGCAGAUUUACUUACGACAGGAAAUCUUACAGCGAGUCUGUCGGUAAUGGUCGGGUUCUCUGUGUGUGGAGUAACUCUUUGGACCACAACGGCCAUCAGUGUGGAUCGAUUUUUGGCUCUUCACUAUCACAUGAGAUAUCCUGUGCUAGUGACGAAAUCCCGCGUCAAACACACCGUACUGGCCAUAUGGUUAAUCAACGUUCCCUUGUCAGGGCUUUAUCUUUGGAAAGAGCGAGAAUAUAAACUUACCUUGGGCAUUAUAACAGUGAUAUGUCUUACAGUUUCCACAUUUUCUUACAUUCUAAUUUAUCGAGUUGUUCGUCGACAUAAGCUACAGAUGUAUACUCAACAGCAAGUAGUGCAAAGUGAGGCCAUGACAACCGCUGCAGGAAAUAGAAGGGUACACUUCUUACGAAUGAAAAAAAGUGCCAUGAACACGUUCGUAUUUUACAUCUUUUUGAUUUUAUGUUAUCUUCCGAUGUACAUUUUAUUAACUCUUCAUGGACUCUCCUACAUCGACUGGACAAUACAGUGGAGUUUUAUUCCCAUUCUUGUAUUUAUGAACUCAGCCAUUAAUCCUUUUUUGUACUGCUGGCGUCUCCGAGAGCUUCGAGCGGCAGUUGGAAGGACCGCAAGGCAGAUGACAUGUAAACAAGCAGACGAAAGUUAACUAAAAACGGUGUCAUUCUCAAUAAGAAAACGCGUUAAUAAUAAUAAUAACAAUCAUAUUAAUAUAAUAUGGUUAGGCGUAGUUCCAAAAUAAAAAAAAACAUAUUAAACCAAAUAAUCCUUGAAUCUGAAUUUUGACCACCCAGUCUAAUUAUUUUCACUAUUGAGGCGAUGCUACAUUAGCUAUAUUAAAAAACAAUUAAUAAUUGAUUGAUGCCGUCGCGAGCAUCCUCCAGCUAAGAUGUUUCAAGUUUGGAAGGCGCGAAAUAAGCCGAAGAGUUUCGUCGAGGCGCAGCUGAGAGAAAAACUUUCUUAUGAUGGUGAUCUUCUUUUUUGCUCAGUUUUAUUUGGUUCAACAGGAAAAUCGAUAUUUUGCUAUAGUGAACAAUGUAUGUCAAUGGCAAAUGCAUUUUACUCCAGAAACUAGUUUCAUCACAUACACAGGCAAUUACUAAAGACCUCAGGCUAAUGUCCAUUCUUGGUUAAAUAAGAACGUCUUAGUGUUGUAGGUAUACAUGUGUUAAGUGGCCAUGAAUUGAAUUCUUGAAUGAUUAUUUCACACCUUGCCGCUGAAUUUAUUAAUUAUCCAGCCACUUGACACUGUACUGUUGACUCAGGCAACGCUCUCGUCAAUUCAUAUCUGAAUAUUAAAUAUAAAACGUUUGGCGGUCAUUUUGAUGUUCCCAAGCAAUAUGAGGUUUUUGCAUAAGAAAAGAACUCAGGAGAGAAAUUAUAUUACUU